UUACACUCCUACCUCCCCAUAAAUACCACCUCUCUAUAACGGCCACUUUCCUCCGUCCCAUUCUGUAAACCAGCCUUAACUGACAAGUUAAAUCAAAUAAUACUCUUUUUGAGUGAUUUUCUUUCUAUCUUUGUCUUUCAUCCUUUCGUUCAGAAAACCGCUCUCAACUCUCAACAUGGUUUGCUAAUGGCUUGCACUUAAAGCAAACUUGCGAUAAGAGGAGAGAAUAUUGUCAGUUAUUGUGAAAAUUUAUUCCGCGGUAAAUAUCACGCCCAACGCGAGGGCGUUGGUCAUAACGUGACCUUCGUCACGGAAGCAAUUUGAUGUCCUCUUUGAUAGAAAGUAUACAUACCAGUACAUUAACUUUUGUUUGCGUGAAGUGCAUCGCUCUCGUUAGACAGUUAUAUGCUGGGUACUUGAAUUUAUUUGCAUCGCUUGGAUUACGUCACACGUUAGUAUAUCAUUGAAGUGAGCGCAACAGACUAAAACACUCUCGGAAAUUGAAUGCAGUAUGCGGGUUGAACGCUUCAUAUAUGUGCUGAUCUGAUGGACCAUUCUUUGUACUCGAGGUAUGCUCACAUUUAUAUUCUUUCUUCGUAAAAGGAACACCGCAAUCGCACGCCUUUCGUUGUACUCGUUGUGUUUCCCCCUUCAAUGAACAUGACCCGGCAAACAAUUCUUUUCAAAAGUUAAAAUUACAUAUAAGGCAGAGGAGGUGGUGGAAACACAUUUUAAGACGGAUUCCGCUCAAAGAUCGAGCAAUAAACGCAAAAAUCAUUUACUAAAAAUCUACUCAUAGCACGGUAACUUUUGGAAUAUUAUCUAAAACAACUUAAUUUCUCUAAGGUGUGACAUUACAUAAUUCCAUUAUGUAAUGUCACACCUGAAUAGCUAAGCGUAUUACACAAUAAACUUGUAUUGUUGUAUUGUCUGUUUUAAGUGAAAUAUGGAUAACUUCAAGUUCAAUUUUAUCUCGCGGGAUCAGCUUGAGAGCUAAAGUCUCGAUAAGUUCUUCUUAACUGUAUUCCAAACAAUACUAUGCCAUGAGGCUUUUUUGGUAACUUGGACAUGAGUUUGAUUUAAAAGACAAUGAACGUGUAAGAAAAACUCAUUUGAAUAUGAAAGGUUGUGCACCAAGACUCGUUUUUAAACAGAGAUAACAGCAACUCGGAAAUGGCUUAUUCGAGCUAAGUUGCAUCACAUUUUACAUCGAUGAUGAAACUUUAAAAUCAAUUAGGAAGUUACAAAUAUACUCAUGUAAGAUGGACGACUAGUUGCCAAAUUGUUCGGAAAUUACGAUGGCGAUGUUGGUUUCUCUUCUUGCUGUCUAGAAGGAAGAGCUGCUUUAAUCAGGUGUUCGAUAUUAUACUGAUCCCGGCAGCAACAUGAACGUGACUUUCUGUCUGAAAAGUCGGCAAAGUAACGCGUCCUACUGAAUCCAUACGACCACAAAACAGAUCGAAACACGUGUGCCUCGGCGAAUGCCAUCGCCGUUUAGGUAAAGGCGUACACACACCUUGUAUCCAUAGCGACUGGUAAAGAAACACGGACUGCAAACGGACACCUGUUACCUUAACCGCGUCGUUUUCUCUGCGAGCAUAAUCAGAAAUCUUCCACAGAAUCUAUCCGUCAUAGCUUGAGAAUUCUUGUUGUCUCAAGAUCAGUCAGUGUUACAUUUCUCAAAGCGCCAGUGUAUGCUCGAUAGACUCUAUCCUUCCUUCUUGCCUCCUGAUUAUCUGCUGGUUGGUAUCAAAUUGCACAACUUCACCCACAUCACACCUUACUUCCUCUACUCAGUUCUACUGUACUCAGUCUGCGAGCAAAUACGUGCAUCGCCUCUUUUCGUAUUAGAGACGUUCAACUGGGGUUCCCCAUACUACCAAAGCAAACAAUUGAGCUCGGCUCAACCAGCUUUCUACAAAAGAUACAAAACACCACCUAAUUUUUAAACUGACGACUGCCAGUAUUCCAAAAAGUAUUCCUUUAUAAAGUGCCGUGAUGUUUUGUUACUACUUGUCAGGAUAUUGAUCGAAUAUUACUUUUGUAUGAAAUGCCUAUCCACAAUCAAUCAAUAUUAUUCUUUGUUUGCGAUAUUUUCACUUUCGUCUUCAUCAGUUUACGGUACAUAAUUUCGGCAAGCUAAUCCCAAACUAAAUAACGAAUUUAUUUACAAUGUUCAUGAAUUCUACGAUAAACAGUCAAUAUUGAUAAAAGCUGCUAAUCUGCUUGAACGACAGAGCAUGUUUGAAAUCACAUUCAUGAUCAGUAAGCGAUAAAAAAUAAAGAAACAUCACGACUAACCAAUCAACAAAAGCAGUAGUUUGCAUACAGCAUCUCGUUCUCCUUAUACCUUGCGAAAGACCAACCUCUACCGACGUAAAUAGUGCCGCGAAAAAAGUUCUCAUUAGACAUGCGCAAAAGGGAAAAUCCACGAAAUCGCUUGGUAUGUUAUGGAAUGCGGAGUGACCAGUAUGCGUCUAGCUAAUUUUGGCAUACUGAUGACGUGCUCUUGGAUAAAUCUCGUAUAGCAUUUAACCUUGCAGUCAGUCUGUCAUCAAAAGCUAAGCGUAGCACUUCUAUGUAAACUUAGCGGUCAAAUCAUGAAGCACUUCUUAACCGAUUUUCAUGUUUUCGUGGGUCUUUGGCUCGUAAAAGUCGCAGUGGCACUCAAUGACAGCAAGCCUUCUUCGACGACGAGAAUCCACGAAAACGUUACUAUGCCCUGUCCCGCGUUACAAGAAGUGGUUAGUAACGACGGGACUUUUGACAUUAUGUAUUGGUCAAUUUGCACAUCAAGAAGAUGUGACCACCAAGGCACUACAUGGGAUUGGAUUGCUGGUAUGAACAAUAAAGGAAUCACACAAGUUGGACCAGAAAGAGUCAACAUCACGACGGAUGGAGCUCUGGAAAUUCACAAAGUAAACCUGAGUGAUACUGGGCAAUACAUGUGUACAGUCAAAACAAUCAACCACUCAUCGCCUGGAAUAUAUCAUACAACUCUUGUUGUCAUUGAAGCAGCUAACCGGUGGGACAAGAGAAACCCAAAGCCGGACACAAAGGACUGCGAAAAAGAUUACUCAGACGACAGCAGAAAUCUUAUUUACACUCUGGCGAUAACCAUCUGUGUAGUAUCUGUACUUCUGGUUAUCGCAGUGGGAUAUAUAGUUUAUAUAAAGCGAAAUUAUCUCCGCUGUUGGAACCAGGGGAAUUCUCCAGCGUGAGAAGGUGUCGCUGGUGCGGAUGUAGCGUAAAAGGAGAUAAAAAACAAGAAAACAAAAACAAGAAAACAAAAAAACAAUUAACAAA